AUGGAUUGUGGAAAGAGCUUCAAUCGGAGUGCACACCUUAGAUCACAUCAACGGACUCAUACAGGAGAGAAACCAUUUAAAUGUAUGGAGUGUGGAAAGCGCUUCAGUUAUAGUGGAAGCCUUAGAAGACAUCAACAGACUCACACAGGGGAGAAACCAUUUCAAUGUAUGGAGUACAGUAAAUACUUCACUCAGAGUGGAAAUCUUAGAAAACAUCAGUAG